AUAAUAUAAAUUUUUCAUGUAGCUUUAUUUAAAAUUACGUGCUGAGAAAGAUCCAGGUAGUACAUGGAAUAGAAAUGUUAAACCAACAGCUGGUGGUGUUGAUCGAUUUGUUACAAAAAAGGAUAUAUCCGAUGAUAUAGAUUCAAGUGCUUCUGCUGUUGAAAAACAACAAGAAGCAUCAGGUCCAUAUCAUAGUGUUUUAGUUGAAGAACGUGUAUGGACAACAAAUUGGCUGAAUCAACUUCUUGCUGAUGAUGCUCAUUUAAAUUUACGUGCUAAUCCAAUUGAUUCACAGGAUCCACAAGCACUUUAUAAACGUUGUCAAGAUGGUAUUUUACUUUGUAAAUUAAUCAAUAUUGCUGUACCAAAAACAAUAGAUGAACGAGCCAUUAAUUUAAAUUUUUCUAAACAAGAUAUAUUUCGUCAAAGUGAAAAUUUAGAACUUGCUAUUAAUUCUGCUCGUGGUAUCGGUUGUAAAGUAGUAAAUAUUCAUUCAGAAAAUAUUUCCAAAGGUGUACCACAUCUUGUCAUGGGUCUUCUAUGGCAAAUAAUUCGAAUUCAAUUAACAAGUGUAAUCAACUUAAAACAAGUUCCUGGUCUUGUUCUUCUAUUACGGGAUGGUGAAACACCUGAAGAUUUAUUAAAAUUAUCACCAGAAGAAUUAUUACUUCGUUGGUUUAAUUAUCAACUUCAACGUUCACAAUAUAAAGGCAAACCAGUAACGAAUUUUAGUGGUGAUAUAAAAGAUUCUGAAGCAUAUACUUAUUUACUCAAUGUUAUUGCACCGUCUAAUACAAAACCACCAUUAACACUUAAACCAUUAAAUGAAACUGAUUUACGUCGUCGAGCUGAAUUAAUGUUACAAGAAUCGGAUAAGAUAAAAGCACGAGCACAUAUUGCACCUGAUGAUGUUGUUAAAGGAAAUCCAAGACUUAAUUUUGCUUUUGUAGCUAAUUUAUUUAAUACAUAUCCAGCAUUAGAUCUUCCAACAGAAAAAGUACCGGAACCAGGCAUUGUUAUAGAAGAAACUCGCGAAGAAAAGACUUAUAGAAAUUUCAUAAAUAGUCUUGGUAUUGAGCCACAUGUUAAUUAUCUUUAUUCAGAUCUUUGUGAUGGUUUAAUAAUACUUCAACUUUAUGAUAUUAUCCGUCCGAAAACAGUUGAUUGGUCAAAAAUCUAUAAAACUUUUCAUGGAAUGAAAGAACGUUUUCAAAAAUUAAAUAAUUGUAAUUAUGCUGUUGAUUAUGCAAAAGAACCACUUAAUUUUAAAAUCACUGGUAUUGGUGGAGCAGAUAUUCUUGAAGGUAAUAAAACAUUAACACUCGGUCUUGUUUGGCAAAUAAUGAGAGCAUAUACAUUAUCAAUUCUACAAAAAUUAGCAAAAUCAACUAAACCUAUUGCUGAUAAAGAUAUUAUUAAUUGGGCAAAUGAAAAAUUAAAAAGUGCCAAUAAAAAAACAGUUCUAACUAAUUUUCAUGAUCAAGGAUUAAGUGAUUCAAUGCUUAUUUGUGAUUUAAUUGAUGCUAUUAAACCAGGUUCUAUUCAAUAUCAUUUACUUAAAACAUCUGGAACACCAGAAGUUAAAAUGGAUAAUGCUUUAUAUGCUAUUUCAAUGGCAAGAAAAAUUGGUGCACCUAUUUAUGCAUUACCAGAUGAUAUUGUUGAGACAAAACAAAAAAUGCUUUUAACAGUUUUUGCUUGUCUUAUGGCAAGUGAUAUGCUUGCACCAAAAAAUUAA